AUAUUUACAAAAAACGGACAACAAAUCCAAGGCGUUCUACAAAGCAGCAGAAGCCCGGCGAGCAAAAGCAGCGUCUUGUAAGUUGUAUACCCAAGUACCAAAGUAGUGGCUUAUUUCUUCUCUGAGGGUUUCCCCAAUUCGUGCUGCUGAUACACCUCUGAUUAAUUGUACAUCCUCUUUGUAUAAACUUGUGAUUUUGCACUUGACAUGGAUCGUGAUGACUCUCCUGCUAGAGAGAGAUGGGAGGGAGGGCAUGAUGACUUGGAAGAUGGUGGAGAGUUAACACGAGACUCAAGUAGGCAUCGAAGCACCAAGGACAGUGGUAAGACUAGUCGGAGAGAUGACAAGACUCGUCAUAGGAGUAAAGAUCCAGAGAGGUCUAAGGAGUUGGAGAAAGAGCGGGUUUCAAGUAGAGAUAGGAGGAAGGAGGGUAGAGAUGAGUAUAGCAAACGAGAGAAACCUAGGGACAAGGAUGGUGAUGUUGACAAGUACAGGGAGAGGGAUCGUGAAAGAGAUAGAGACCGCAAAGACUAUGGCAAGGACAAAGAGCGGGAGAGGGAAAGGGAUUCACUCAAAGACAGUGAACGCGGACAUGAAAAGGACAGAGGAAAAGAUAGAAGCAAGGACAGGGAUAAAGAGAAGGAAAAAGAUAGAGAUGCAAGGGGUAAGGAUCGGGAAAGGGAGAAAGAGAGGGAGAAGCAUAAAGGGAGGGAGGACAGAGAGAAAGAGAUACUUGAUCGGGAAAAAGUAAAAGAUCGAGUCAGGGAUAAGGAAAGAGAGGUGAAUAUGGAUAAAGAAAGGUCAAGAGAGAGGGAUAAAGUAAGCCGCAAACAACGGGAUGAUGGGCAUGAAAGAAGUAAGGACAUUGUCACUGAUGAUAAACUAAACUCGGAAGCUGACGAUGUUCACUAUAGGGACUCGACCAAGCAGGUGACUGGCUUGCAUACCGGAGCGGAUGACGCUAGAAAUCUGAAGCUGGAUAAAAAUGCUAGUACUGAACCAGUGGCUUCCCACACAGCAGCAUCUGAGAUUAAAGAGCGAAUUUCAAGGAUGAAGGAAGAAAGAUUAAAGAAAACGUCUGAAGGCUCUUCUGAUAUACUAUCAUGGGUUAACAAGAGCCGUAAGAUUGAGGAGAAAAGGAAUGCUGAGAAGGAGAGAGCCUUGCAGCUUUCAAGAGUCUUUGAGGAGCAGGACAAUAUUAAUCAAGGGGACAGUGAUGAUGAAGCUGCUGCUCAGCAUACUUCUCAUGAUUUGUCGGGUGUUAAAGUUCUUCAUGGGCUUGAUAAAGUGAUUGAAGGCGGGGCAGUUGUUUUGACACUCAAAGAUCAGAGCAUACUUGCAAAUGGAGAUCUUAAUGAAGAUGUUGAUAUGCUUGAAAAUGUUGAAAUUGGUGAGCAGAAGCAGAGGGAUGAUGCUUAUAAGGCUGCAAAGAAGAAACCAGGGACUUAUGAGGAUAAGUUUAGUGAUGACCUGGGUACAGAGAAGAAAAUGCUUCCACAAUACGAUGAUCCAGUUGCAGAUGAGGGUGUAACAUUGGAUGCAGCUGGACGUUUUGGUGGGGAAGCAAAAAAGAAAUUGGAUGAGCUUCGGAGAAGAAUUGAGGGUGUUUCAGCAGCAAGUCAUUUUGAAGACCUUGAUUCUUCUGCAAAAACAUCAUCAGAUUAUUAUACUCAUGAAGAGAUGCUCCGGUUCAAGAAGCCUAAGAAAAAGAAGUCAUUGAGAAAGAAAGAUAAGCUGGAUCUAGAUGCUUUAGAAGCCGAAGCUGUUUCUUCUGGGCUUGGUGUUAACGAUCUUGGUUCAAGAAGUAAUGGGACAAGGCAGGCUCUUAAAGAGGAGCAAGAAAAAUCUGAGGCUGAAAAGAGAAGCAGCGCAUUCCAAUCCGCAUAUGCUAAAGCAGCAGAAGCAUCAAAUGCACUUCGCCCGGAACGGCGUGCCACCUCACAGCCAAUGGAGGAGGAUGACGACACAGUUUUUGGUGAUGAUGAUGAUGACCUCCGUAAAUCACUAGAAAGAGCAAGAAAAUUAGCUUUGGAAAAGCAAGCUGAGUCUGCACCUUCUGGUCCUCAGGCAAUUGCCAUCAUUGCUUCUUCCACAGCGACAAAAUCAGGGGCAGACAAUGAAAACCCUCUUUCUGGAGAUCCACAAGAGAACAAGGUCGUCUUUACAGAAAUGGAAGAGUUUGUUUGGGGUCUGCAGCUUGGUGAAGAAGCUCACAAACCUGAGGGUGAAGAUGUUUUUAUGGAAGAAGAUGAGGCACCAGAAGCCUCUGUUGGGGAGAAAAAAGCCGAGGACGGUGGCUGGACAGAGAUGCAAGAUACUGCCAAAGAUGAAAUUCCGUCAAAGGACAAGCAGGAGGAUAUAGCGUUAGAUGAAACCAUACAUGAAGUUGCGGUCGGAAAGGGAUUGUCAGGAGCAUUGAAUCUUUUGAAAGAUAGAGGUGCACUGAAAGAAAGCGUUGAAUGGGGUGGCCGCAACAUGGACAAGAAAAAGAGCAAGCUGGUUGGGAUCUCUGAUAAUGAUGGUAAAAAGGAAAUACGCAUCGAGAGGACUGAUGAAUAUGGACGAAUUUUGACCCCUAAGGAAGCUUUUCGGUUAAUUUCCCACAAAUUUCAUGGAAAAGGCCCUGGCAAGAUGAAACAAGAGAAGCGCAUGCGGCAAUACCAAGAGGAACUUAAGGUGAAAAAAAUGAAGAAUUCUGAUACUCCAUCUUUGUCUGUAGAGAGAAUGAGGGAAGCUCAAGCUCAGUUAAAGACACCAUAUCUUGUCCUGAGUGGAAAUGUUAAACCAGGGCAAACAAGUGACCCUAGAAGUGGUUUCGCAACUGUGGAGAAGGACUUGCCAGGAGGCUUGACACCCAUGCUUGGAGAUAGAAAGGUUGAGCACUUUCUGGGCAUUAAGCGCAAAUCCGAUCCUGGUGAUAUGGGCCCACCAAAAAGGCCGAAGCCUGAAGGCUGAAAAUGAGGCAGGUCCAGUGGUUUUAUAGAACAACUGCUUGCCAGCAGGAAUGAGUGUUCAGUUGUCUCCAUGCUUGAGAAGUUACUGCUGCUCGUGUCGUGGAAGAGUCAUUUUUUGUAAAAUUGAGAGAGUUAUUUGAUUUGUCUUAACAAUUAACAUCGGAUAGAUAAAUGCUUAACUGGCAAUACAUUUUGGAAUAUAAUGAUCAAGUAUGGUCUUUAUGUAAGCUCAUUAUGUUGAUGGAUUUAUAAAGCUUUGUAAGUAAAUGCUGAAUUUGAAGGAUGUUAAUUUCGCGGGCCU